UAAUAAAGAUCAAGACAGAUAAGCGACACGACUCCCGCAGAAAUAUGAGCAAGGCAUUAUUUUCAAUUAUUUUGUUGAUACGAGGUCAUGUAGCUGGCCUUUUAAUGGUGUGUCGAUAGUUUUCAACAUCCCUGACAGUGUGUAUACUCGUGUCUUCACACAGAUGUUUGCUCUGUUUAAUACAAUGCAGUGCAAUAAUUACGUAAGCAUACUUAAUUUACAUAGUUGGUGUGAAGGUCAACCUAAAACUGAAUGCUCGAUUAAUCCUGCUUUUUGUCUGAAUUUUGAACAGCCAUCGUGUCAUAUUUCAUCUAUGACGACCACGAACAAGUUCGUUGUGAUCAACACUGUAUAGUGUAUACUUGAGAGUGUAGGCGCUGCCUUAAGGAUGAGAAUGGUGUCUACUCUGUAUACUUUCCAAAUCCUCGUUGUUGUGUCAAUGGUGUGGAGACCUAGUCAUGCAGUCAUUCAACUUUCGUGUGGCUCAAAUAUUAAUCUUAAUCCAUCCUCAGUAGCAACCUACAGGUUCGGGGAUUACACUAAUCCAUACCCAACAGGAUUAAGCUGCGACUUCGACUUUAGUCUAUCGGACGCAAAUGAAAAAAUUCUUUUCCAAGUUUUCCCACAAUGUACACCUGGUGCAGAUGUAUUAAAGAUCAAUAAUGGUCCUAACGCAUGUUGUGACGGCUGCGAGCAACCGAUUUCUGCUCCAAGCAAUGCGUUUCAAGUUUCCCUUACGACUGAUAGUACAUCAGGUCCAAAAGAAUUGGGAUUUGUCAUAAGGAUAGCAACGGGUAAAGAUGAAUCAAGAUGCCCUACGUCCAGUCCAUCACCCAUCAUUGUUUCCGUUGGUUCAUCACCGGUGACUAUCACAUCUCCAGGCUUUCCGAACAAGUACCCAACAUUCAGUGAUUGCAGAUACACUAUAAGCCCACAUGAUUCCAGUAAAGGACUUUCUUUGACAUUCGAUGUAAUCAGUUUGGACUAUUAUAAUGGAUGCUAUGAUAAGAUACAAUUAGGAUUAUACAAUACGGAUCCUGUCGAUAUCUGUACCAACUACAAAAUGAGCCUUUUUCUACCGAAUGAACGUUAUACCAGCGGGGGUGAAACACAUCUCAACUUUACCAGUGAUGAUCGUGAUGAGGGAUAUGGCUUCAGGGUUACAAUCGUUCAAGUGGACCUCGGAGCUACGCAGUCACCAACAACCGAAACAACUGCAGCAUCAGCACAUGUAGGAACAACAACAGAAACAAUUGUAAAAUCAACACCAACAUCCGUACCAGCAACAGUGCAAUCUGUCUCAUCGACAAUCACUGCUUCAUCAGCAGAAUCAACAGCUGUCGUAUCAACAGCAGCUCCUCAUACGGACCCUUCAACAGUCAUUCAACUUUCGUGUGGCGAAAAUAUUAAUCUUAAUCCAUCCUCAGUAGCAACCUACAGGUUCGGGGAUUACACUAAUCCAUACCCAACAGGAUUAAGCUGCAACUUCGACUUUAGUCUAUCGGACGCAAAUGAAAAAAUUCUUUUCCAAGUUUUCCCAAAAUGUACACAGGAUGCAGAUGUAUUAAAGAUCAAUGAUGGCCCUAACGUAUGUUGUCCUGGCUGCGAGGUACCGAUUACUGCUCCAAGCAAUGCGUUUCAAGUUUCCUUUACGACUGAUAGUACUUCAGGUCCAGAGGAAUUGGGAUUUGUCAUAAGGAUAGCAACGGGUAAAGAUGAAUCAAACUGCGCUACGUCCAGUCCAUCACCCAUCAUUGUUUCCGUUGGUUCAUCACCGGUGACUAUCACAUCUCCAGGCUUUCCGAACAAGUACCCAACAUCCAGUGAUUGCAGAUACACUAUAAGCCCACAUGAUUCCAGUAAAGGACUUUCUUUGACAUUCGAUGUAAUCAGUUUGGACUAUUUCAAUGGAUGCUAUGAUAAAAUACAAUUAGGAUUAUAUGAUACGGAUCCUGUCGAUAUCUGUACCAACUACAAAAUGAGCCUUUUUCUACCGAAUGAACGUUAUACCAGCGGGGGUGAAACACAUCUCAACUUUACCAGUGAUGAUCGUGAUGAGGGAUAUGGCUUCAGGGUUACAAUCGUUCAAGUGGACCUCGGGGCUACGCAGCCACCAACAGCCGCAUCGACAACUGCUGCUCAAACAACCGAAACAACCUCAGCAUCAACAACUUCGGCUCAAACAACCGAAACAAUAUUAGAAUCAACAACUGCUGCUCAAACAACCGAAACAACCUCAGCAUCAACAACUUCGGCUCAAACAACCGAAACAAUAUUAGAAUCAACAACUGCUGCUCAAACAACCAAAACAACUGCAGCAUCAGCAACUGUAGGAACAACAGCAGACACAACCGUUAAAUCAACAACCUCUCAAACUACUGCCGUACCAGCAACAGUACAGUCCGUCUCGUCGACAAUCACUGCCUCAACAGCAGAAUCGACAGCUGCCGUAUCAACAGAAGCUCCUCACACGAACCCUACAACAGGUACUCAGAGCCCAUCGCAAAUCGAUGGCGCUACUGAACCAAUGAACAUGCUUAUAAUCAUAAUCGUAGUGAUUUCCGCGGGAUUAAUUAUUCCGGUACCGGUUGUCGUGGUCACUGCACGUUUCCUGAAAAAAAGGAAAACAUCCCAACAAUCUUCCAACAGAGAAGAUAAGUUUCAAAACCCCAUCUUCAUGGGCCAACAAAAUGAGGUACUUUCAGACACCAGUGUUGGAGAGUAUGACCAGAUUCCGGCAGACAAGAUGUUAUCCGAAUCCCAGAUCCAGAGCUUAAAAAACAGAGUAGGAAGUGAAGGCGAUUACGUAAGCAGAGAACACCAUUCUAGAGAAGACCACACAUACCAGGGUCUGAAAGAGGCUAAAGGGACAACGAACAAUGCGUUCAGCGAGUAUUACAACCAGAUCGACGACUAAGGCAGCCCCCACGAUACAUUUAGCAAUUACUACGUGAAUCUUCUAACCUGAUAAUAUAAUCUUCACAAUCUUCUUCUAUUUCAUACUGGCUGAUCUUCCCGAUUAAAAGUGUCCUUUAGACCAAAUUCACAUUCAUCUAUUUGCAGCAAAUAAACUAAUUUAGCACAAAGUUUUUUCUUAAAGGGGCAUGGUCACGAUUUUGGUAAAAAAAAGUUAUUUGUCCGAUUUAAAUGAUUACAAUGCUUCAGUAAGGCAUUUUUAACAGCCAACUGAAAUUUGUGUAUCAUCCGUUGAGCUUUAAGCGAGUUACAUAGCUUACAAUUCUUUGCUAUGUUAACAAAGCUUUUGUUUACAUUUUGAAUGUUGAAGUAAAAAUUCCAGUUUUAGACCUGAAAUGAUUGUGUUAAACGUUAGGAAUUGUUUAUUUAUGCUUAAAAUGUAAAAGAAGAUAGACAGAUCAGAUUGAAAAAGAUUUUUACUGGUAUAUUGAACCUACGUAAACAAAAACAGGGCACGAGCCUUGUUUACAUGACAGAGAAUCGUGAGCCUUGCAUCUAGCUCAAAACUCUACGCCUGACUUUCAAAUUCCACAUGAUCAUUAGAAAUACAUUUCUUAAGCAUUGUAAAUAAUAAAAGAGUAAAAUUGAAUUUGACCAAAAUCGUGACUAUGCCCCUUUAAUGCAAGUUUUUUUUUUCUCUUGGCAUGGUGCUUUAUAAAGUUCAGGAUUAGCGCCUUCCUUGAAUGCUACAUGUUAAUUAUACUUAGUCUAACCAUACAUGUAUGAUACAUUCAUUGAAUGGCGUCUAUUACCCUCACACAAAGACAGCUUUAUUGGGGACAAUGAUAAUUUUUUUAUAUAUAUAUACGGCAGAAGAAUUUUUUUCUCCAGAAGUCGCUUGAUAACUUGGAACAAAACAAAAAAUAUAUACUCAGAGUUAUAUAUUCUAUUAUACUUUAUUGUAAAGACAACCAUGAAACUUUAAUAUACCACCUCUCCGAAGGAGAAUGGGGUAUACUGUUUUACCCUUGUGUGUCUGUUUGUCUAUCCGUAACAAAAAAUUCUGUCUCAUUUUACUCAGCAACAAUUCAUUGCAGAUGCCUGAAAUUUUAACACACUAUUUGUAUUAACAUGCCAUAUCGUAGGAUUUAUUUUGGUACCAAUCGGACGUCAACUUCCUGUUAAAUGAUGACUUUGUUUAUUUUAACAUAAAUUUUCAAACAAAUUUUCGUCAAAGAUUUCUCAGCAACUAUAAAUUGCAGAUGCUUUAAAUAUUAACGAACUGUUUGUUGAGGCAUGCUAUAUCGUGGGAUAUAUUUUGGUACCAAUCGGACGUCGGAUUCGUGUUAAAUGUCGACUUGGUUUAUUUUGCAUAUUCACAUCAGAGCGGGGGUAUUACUAGUGAGCAUUGGCUCACAUAUACAGUGUACAUUUAUCUUGUUAUAUAUUCAUUAUCUGGUCAAGUAAAAGGAAUUUUUUUUUUCAAAUCUUUUUUCAUAAUACAAAGGAACGUAAAAUUAAUGUUAAAUAUUUUCAUUUAAUGUCUGAGUGAAAUGAGAAAUAAUUACUUUAAUUUACAAGUUACAUGUAUUGCUAAAUGAUUUGAAUUUGUGGUGUUUUUGUCAAGGAAAUUAUAAAAAUACAUCGGGAAAAUCGAAUAAUUUGUUUUACCUAGAAAAUUACAAGGUUUUAUUAAUCCUUUGGAAAAAAAAUAACUGUCUGACUACAUUCAUUGGAACUCACGUUAGUAUAUAACAGAUAAGCACAACAUUUUAAAUCAUUCAAUUAUAUUUCUGUAUCCCUUUGAAGAUUAUUACAUUGUAAUAUUCUCAGAAUAACAUAAUUUUUUGUGAGAUAUUUAAUUAGUCCUCUUUUCAGAUUUUUAAGCAAUGUAUUUGUGUUGAUGUCUAUGUUGAAUAAUUUGAUUGCAUAUAUAGAAAGAGUAAACAAAAUACAGACUUCUGGUAU